GCCUUAUUUAUCGCACAAAAAUUAUCAGCGACCUAGCUAGCCUAAUUCAUGGGGGCAAUGAAAACUGCACUAGAUGUAACCCUUUUUUCUCUGAGAAAAAUGGGACCGAUUGUAUCAAACGUUUGGCAUAACGCAAAACAGCAAAUAUCAACUACAAAAGCAAAACCUUUAGUUUGUAACUUUAUAGUAAGAAAAAUGGAGUCUGCCCUUGACACUCUACACAAUAAAUUGUUAUCUACAUGUAUGGAGUAUAGAGCAAGAUUACUGCCCAAAGAACUUGAAGAGUUACAAAAACAAGUUGAGGAUUUGAAGAAAGAAAUUAAUUCCCCAAAAAAAGGCUAAAGGGCAUAGAUUAAAAAUGUAAAUUUUUGUAACAUGUACAUAAUUAUAAACAUAGGUACUUUAAUUGAAUGUAAAUUUUAGCUAUCAGCAAAAAUUUGAGACCAGUAGUUGCGACGGCUUGGCAAUAUGCAAAAGUUGAAAUGGUACCUCCAAUGACUUCUGAAAUGUUUCAAGGAUCUUUAGGAAAAUCAAUUGAAAAUACAGUAGGCGGUGUUGCUGAUAAGUUUAUUGGUGGGCUUGAACAAAAAUUAAAAGAUAUAGAAGCCGCACGAAUAGAAGCUAUUAAACAGAAAGAAGCUGCAUUGAAAGCCGCUGCAGAGAAAGCCGCUGCAGAGAAAGUUAAGGCUGAAGCAUUAAAGAAAGCGGAAGAAGAAAAACGCCUUGAAGCUGCAAAGGCAAAAGCAGCUGCUAAAGAAGCAAAGGCUAAAGAGGCAGCACAACCUGCUAAGAAAGAAGAUCCACCUAAAAAAGAAACCAAACCUGAAGUCAAAGCAGGUACUACAAAGUCACAAAAACGUGUUCCACCGAAGACUAAGAAGAAGGCAAAGACAACAAGGCGUGAAGUGAAAAAAGGAUCACCCCCUAAAGCUAAAAAAUAACAUAUUAAAUUUUGUUAUAAUUACUAAUGGAAAUAGAUAUAUUAUAAUAUGAAAGAUAAUAUUUUAUAGUUUUCCUUUCUACUGUAUAUUAUAUCCAAUCUAACCAAAGGUUCUUCCACCUCCUAUAAGUUGAGAUCGACGAAA